CCUUGUGAGAGCAUGCAGGGCAGGAGCGUUGCUCUGCUGUUCAGCCUCACACUUCCUGAUGCAAGCGCUGCCCAAAUAUGUAGAGGUACAAAUAGAGGAAAACAUGUAACACUCUGGACUUCUGACACAUCAGGCCAGGACAUACUAUUAUACUUCAAAGAUUAUUUGCAAAUUGCUGGUGUAAAGCAUGUCCAUGUGGCAAUAUCUAACAACCCUCCUGCUGAUAACUGUGCAAACAUGGGAAGCAUUUCCAGCUCAGAGGUGUCAGGAAUUUACAGAUCUGGACCUCAGCCAUGCAAUCAUUGGCACCAGCCUCAAAGUGAGGUUGUUGCUGUACACCAGGGAAAAUAGCACGUGUGGUAUGCUCAUGUCCCACACCAACCUGACUGCACAUCCCCAGUUCAACUUGUCCAGACCCACCACCUUCGUCAUUCAUGGGUACCGGCCCACUGGAUCUCCCCCAGUGUGGCUGAAGCGGAUAACGGAGUUACUGCUGGCCAGAAAAGAUACUAAUGUCAUAGUAGUGGACUGGAACCACGGAGCUGCUAAUCUGAAUUACAUUAAGGCAGUGGAAAACACACGCAAGGCAGCAGACAACAUCACAGCUUUCAUUAAAAAGAUGCAGGAUGAAGGUGCCUCUCUGAGCUCCAUCCACAUGGUAGGACUCAGUCUCGGAGCUCAUAUGUCAGGAUUUGUAGGUGCCAGCUUUAACGGGACAAUUGGAAGAAUUACAGGUCUGGAUCCCGCUGGGCCUCUGUUCACUGGUCAUCCUCCAGAGGAGCGACUGGACCCCACAGACGCCAAGUUUGUGGAUGCUCUGCACACAGACAUAGAUUCGCUGGGAUUCAGAGAAACUCUGGGUCACAUUGAUUUCUAUGCCAAUGGAGGAACAGACCAGCCAGGCUGCCCAAAGACCAUCUUUUCUGGAGGAGCUUAUUUGAAAUGUGACCACCAGAGAUCAGUGUUUCUCUUCCUGGACUCGCUGAAUGGGACGUGUGCCUCCAGGGCCUACCCCUGCUCCUCAUAUAAAGACUUUCUGGAUGGGAAGUGCUUGAGCUGUGAGCGGUUUGGUACUGCAGGGUGUCCAAUCUUUGGUUACGACGUCACUAAGUGGAAGGACGUCCUGCUGAAACUGAAGCAAACUAAAGUAUAUUUCACAACUAAUACAGAAUCUCCAUUUUGCAUGACAAACUACAGAGUGGAUGUGAUGAUAUGGAACAAAGAAGUCCGAUGGGGAUACAUUACUGUUAAACUUCACGGUGAUGGGACAGAAGCAGUGGCAACCAUCGACCACAAAUCAUCAAAGUUCAAGACGUACACAGAGACCAAGCUGUUCGCCCACUUUGACAAAGACAUUCAAUCAGUAAAAAAGGUGUCUCUCAAAUUCUCCACCGGGAAUGUAUUCCAGCCAAAACGUAAACUCCGUAUCCUCAGAGUUCGUCUCACAAACCUGGAGCGCAAAGAAAGGCCUCUGUGCCGAUACGACGUCCUCUUGGAGGAGAACAAAGAGGUCACCUUCAGGCCUAUAGCCUGUGAAGAAUCCAACUUCUGAGAUAAUGUCUGACUCCGCACCCAACAUUUCACUGCUAAUGCUGACUCUACAAUUCCUCCAGGAGUGUACAACAUAAGAAGAAGGACUGCAAAAACGGAAAAUUAAACAGCAGCAACGUGUCAGCCAGACACAGACUGACUACUGUAUGGGAUUGUUUGUGAUCUGGAAAUGAAAUGUGUUAUGUCCUAAGAUGUAUAUGAGUUUGUAAGAGAAUAUAUAUGUAUAUACAUGUUUUUAAGGGAAAAAAAGAACCAAUAUCUGCAUUUCACUCAAAGGAUAAAACAAUAGAGAUGACUUUCAAUUAGCACAUUUCAAAAAUAGAAUCCAUCUUUGUGAUGGCAAGUUACUGAAUUAACUUCUGUUUGUCUCAGUAAUAUGAAUUCUGGCCUGAUCAGGAAACAUAUUCCAAAUCCCAAAGUUAUUUUUUCAUAGUUACAAAUUUCUCAGUGAGACUGAAAAAUCAAAUAUUAACAUUAUUAGAAAGCACAAUUCUGCUUUUGUGUUUCAGAAGAUAGUUUCUCAAUGUUUUACAUGUCAUAUGACUAUUUCCUUUGUAUUUAUUUGUAUAUACAGAAUUAUUUCUUAAUUGUUCAUAAAAAGUCGUGUAAACAAUGGCCAACAUUUUUAAUACAUUCACAAUGCAACCAAUACAUUUACAAACAAAUCAAACUGUUCCAUUUUUUUUACAAGAUAUAUGCAUCCUUAAGCAAAAUAAAAGCUUAAUAUUUAUUCCUCUGCAUCAUUCAAAAAUGAGAAUUCAGACUUACAGCCAUUAGAUCUUGUCUCAACUAUUUUUCUCUUCAUAGACAUUUUACCCAACAAGUGAUGUUAAAUAUGCCAUAGAGGUUAAAAAUCUACAGAAGUAAAGACAACACGUUAAAUGUAUAACAGAGCCAUGCCCGGCUCAUCUACAGAGACAGAGGACAGCUUGUUGCAGCCUCUCAACUUCACUUUGCUUCCACUGAGCUUCAUCUUUACACUUUCGGUAACGAUUCAGUAAAAACAUUCAGUCCUCUUGGUCAGAACAUUCAGCAGUCCAGCACAAAAGUAAACGAGAAUACCAUGUAAGAGAAAUACUUUUCCAAAAAUAAAAUUGAGGAUUUUUCACUGAAAAGGAGACAAAAUGAUUUUUAAACUUAGAAAAUAACAUUUAUCAUGUAAGUAUACAAAAAAUAUUUAUUGUCAUAUCAGAAUCUCUGGUUUUUGAUGGCGUCUUCUCAUUUAGACAUGUGCUUCUUCAUGCGUUGAAUUUCCAUCUGAAACAAAAAUCAAACGAUGAUAAAUAGCGAUUCUAAUAUUCUUUUUAUUUUAUCAUCCUUAGUUCCUUUACCUGUAAAGUUAAGCGGAUCCUUUUCUCCUCAUCAAGCUCAUUCAUCAGCAGUUUGAUUUCUUUACUGCAACACAAGAUGUUGUCAAAUUAGUGCAGUAAAGAACUGACAACUGAGGCACUGAUGUCAGGAUGAGAAUGUCAAAUGUCCUCUAGAUUGAGCAGUUCAAGAACAGGUAAAAGCAACAGAUGAAAAUAAGAGAUCAGGGCCUCAAAAUGUAUCAUUUCAGCUCAGUUUUUCUGCACAAAAUGGUAGGGAAAUAACGUCUGGAGACGUGUUAACUGUUGUGGAAUAGACAAUAAACCUGUGCAGAUGCCCAUAGCUCUGAGCUAAUGAGCCACUAAACAGAGAUUUUAAAAAAUAAAACCAUACUUGUGCUGACUCUUCAUCUGUUCAAACUGGUCCCUCAGAUCUCUCAGUUCUGUCUGCAGUUGUUCCAGGUUUGGUGGAGCGUGUUUGUCUGGGUUUCUGUUCGGCAGGUCGGAGUUGAGGCCUGGCAGCAGGGUUGGAUGUAAUACAGCAGAGAGAGCCUUCGGCAGCAGGGAGGAGAAAGACUGUGACGGCACACUUUUGGAUUCUGCUGCCUGUGGGAAAAAAUGGCCAGGAUUUGGAAAUAGUGAUUUACUCCCACUACUACCUCGUGGAGAGAGUGUGUAACAUUUAUUUAUUCUCUUACACUUAUAGGCAGGGCGUUCUGACUUGUUUCCUGAUUACUUUGUUGUGGUGUUGAAGAAUUCAGCUCUUCA